GAGGUUUGUUAUUACCACGUCUCUCUGCCGUCAUGCUGUCUGAUUCAUUCAGUGAAUCCGACGAAUACGUUGAGAAAACUUCCAACCGAAAGUCCCUCACACGAAAAAAGUCUCAAAUCCGUGGCCAGAGAAAACGAAGGAAAGUUGAUAUAGACAAAUUCGUUCCGACAGAACAAAAUCCGAGGAUCUCUUUCGAACCUCUUCUUGAAGUCUUUGAAGAAGGAACAGAUGACGCGUACUCGUUUGACGAACUCUUCGAGUCGUUGCUGCCGGGGUACCUCGAAGAAAGAACGCGUAUUUUGUCACAACUUGGAGGUGAAGACGAACACGGGCAUUACUUGCGACAGAUGACGCGGGCUGAGACGUUCAAUCUGGUAAACGCCGUUGCGCAACACCACGAUCAUAUGAGUGGGCCGGAAGCUUUGGCUUUAAGGAAACUCAGAUUGGCUAACCGACGUCGACAGGGUAAAGGGCUAGACAGAACGAUUCAAUCAUCCGGAGUGUUCGCACAUGAGGAUCUCCUCACUCGAUCGCAGGAAAACACAGUGGACAAGGACAAGUCCACGACAAUAGAUCAACUGUCACGAAUACGCACGACAUCAUACGAGAGCUCCUUUCUAUCACGGUUACAAGGCACAAGCCCUGCUAAUACAGGUUUUCUAUCGGUGGAUUGGUUGUCACGAACACCCUGGAUGAAUCUCAUGGAUGAUAUACGCGAGCAUUACCAAAUCUCCCACCCGGAAGAUGAGUCGCCUACGGAAAAUUGUGGCCCUAUUACAUAUACGACAUUGCAAGCAGUACAUUUGGACCAGGUACACGAUCUUCUAGAGCGCUCGUUUUGGAGUGGGAUUAAUGUGAAAGACUCACUCGACUAUUCUCCUGAAAAAUGCACCGUAGUCGUUCUCUAUAAGAAACUUGUCGUUGGUGUCGCAAUUAUGAGUUCUCCUCGAGAAACCUACAUCACAUAUCUGGCUGUCAGGUGCGGCUGGGACAACUCGCAGAUCGCCACAUGGAUGCUCUAUCACCUCAUAACAUUGAAUCCCGGGAAAGACAUUACUCUUCACGUAUCUGCUAACAAUCCCGCCAUGCUCCUUUACAACCGGUUCGGUUUUAAAGCAGAAGAGUUCAUAACGGGAUUCUACGACGCGUAUCUGGAUCCCCAAUCCAGAGCUUCAAAAAAUGCCAUUCGUUUGAGAUUUAGACAGCUCUAAUCGCAUCGUCCCAACCAAGGCGGAUGUUUCCAUUACGUUGACCUUUAAGGGAAGCAUUGUAACUUAUAAAGUUAGCCUUUGGCGCUUUCACGUUUAGGGACAUUUUUCUCGGUCUUUCCUGCAGUCAGUGCUCCCGCCUCUUACCCCUUUGCUUUAGAACGCACGUCAUCCGGGUCCGGGUGAAGAUCGGAUUUUUUUCUCGACCACGUCUUCGACCCUUGUUAUCCUCCAUCUGGUUUAGCUCGUACUUGAUUUGGCUGUUAUGUGAACUUCCGUACAAGCUCAACCCGACAACAAUAAUCUGCCAUCAAGUCGGUUCCAAUCGGUGUGAUUUUUUCAAUACCUUGCAACGUACACACGAGUCCGUGUGUCUUCCCUCAUUCGAAAAUGGAUAGAUCUGAAGCUAGAGGAGUUGAUUCCUGUUGCUCACCUUCCACCGAGUAAUGGUUUGAGCCUUCGGAUAAUUGUUUCCCUUGAGCGGCGCUUUUGUGGUGUAUUCUGUUCUCUCUUUUUUUUCUUUCCACCGAGGCUUUAUGCCAGGUAACGUCAGAUUUGCAGCCAAAAAUAAUAAUUUAGAUGAUGUUGGAGAUAUUAUGGGUGUCUGGAGUCCUAGGAGAAUGUUGGGUUAGAUGGAAGAAUAUCAUCAUGCAAGGAGUCGAAAACUGGAAAUAAGCCCUGAGUACAAACCAAAGCGGAGUGGCGACUCCGCUGAAGCUACCCAAUGUUUGCCAUCCCGAUUAGGCCAGUUCUGACGAGCGCCAUGGGCUAGCAGUAGCGACCGAAAUAACUCUGCGCCUCACAAUAAUUAAUCGACCUCCCUCCGGGUUUGGAAUUCCGUCGUUCUUGUUCAUGUCCGGGUUCAAAGACGACUGAGACCCUACUGAAGGAAUGCGACGACCCUCGUCCAGCUGAGCCCGUGAAGCAACUGCAGCGUCGUAAACCCAAUCCCUCUUUCCUCCCAAGCUCUUUCGUCUCCCAAUGCAUCGCUUCUUUACUGCUUUCAGACCUUCUUCCUGCGGCGCUGGUGGUGGUGGUGGUGGUGGUGGUGGCGCGACACGCGUUGCUGCCAUCACCCAAUGGGGUGGCUCCGUGCCUCGAGUAACGCCAGCCCUCACAUUCGUACCUGCAACUGUGUGACUACGAGGUCGACCCAACACUUUCAUUGUUGCUGGUGCUGUUGGCAGUGCUACUGUUCUCCUUUGUGAUGGGGUGGCGACAUUCUGGGCGAAUUCGAUGCGAGGGCCUCGUCUAGUAGUAACACUCCCAGCGACGCCGUCACGGUGACUCUUACUUUUCCCCUUCCUGCUAUCACUGCCAUCGCCAAUAUCACGUUCCUGCAACGUGAGGGAUUUAUACUCGCUCUGGGACCUCUCUAAAACAUCUUUAACUUUCUUCCCCCACUCUUCCAACUCGUACAAUUUGUGAAGCAUCAUCUUGAACGUGAAAGGGUAUUCCCCGCCGUCUAAUGGGAAUUGGGACCUGGCUGUCGUACGCAUGUUACAACCAUCUUCCGGAGGUUCCAGAUCUGAAUCACCAAUUUUGUUGCCAGUAGUCGAUGCUCCAGACACCGUCUUCCUUCGCAUGGAACUCUGUCGGCCGUCCCCGCCAAUACUGCACAUUUGGUGGUGGCGUGUUCCAACGAGGGAAACAAGGCUUCGAAACACUGGCUCGAGGUCUUUUGGAACGGGGAUAGAACGGACGUCGACUCCAUCAUCUACUAUGGACGAGUUUCGGCGGCGGCGACGCGAUGCGAGUUGAUCGAAGAGCUCGAAGAGAUGAGCAAAG